AUGUCUCAUCAGCUUAUUUGUACUUUUGAUUUCCCGGAGAGUGCGCGGCUUGUCGAAGACUUCGACCUUUACAGCACAACCCUCGAUAAUUCCUUCUUAUGCAUACGGCGAGGCACUCUCCACUUGCAGAGCACCUACUGGGAGGCGACUCAGACGGACGAAUUUCAUUCUGGCUCGGAACCAGUGACCACGCCAGUGGACGAAGAUCGCCAGCCUUCAGGCUUUUCUGGGCUUCACGAGCAGCCCAUCGCCCACUCCGAUUUUGACCCUGACUCCUCGCCAGAAAAGCCUAAGUCAGCCAAGUACCUGAGAUUCAAUGGCGUUGAGUUACCCACCAAGACUCGCCCGCUGAAGAGAGUGGUGGCAAAGGCAAAGAGGUUUGCGAGAUGCUUCAAGUUGGUUCAAAGCUCGAGGGUGGGCGUUUCGAUGAUGCUUGCGGAUUCAGUAGUGAAGGGUGGCAAGAUCAACUUGAAGGGCCAGCAUUUUUCACCCACCCUGGACAGCACAGAUAUUGAAGAACAGAUGACGCAUGACAACGCCGAUCUUCUGGAUAGCGACCCCUUCGCUGCUAUCGUUACUCCCAAGGAAACGAUCGCAGAGCAGACCAGGGAAACGACCGCAGAGCAGACCAGGGAAACAACCGCAGAGCAGACCAGGGAAACGACCACAGAGCAGGCCAGGGAAACGACCUCAGAGCAGGCCAGGGAAACGACCUCAGAGCAAGCCACGUUCAACUCCGUGAGUGCAGUCGAAAAUCUUGACACAGAACCCAACGUAAAUACACCUUCUGAAGAUUCCACUUCUGUCUGUGUUGACUCGUCCGAACAUCCAUCCGAGUCUGACGGUGCUCUCGGAGAGGCACCUAGAUCCCUGGACUUUGUCUCAGAAGAUGUUUCUCCCGCUUUUCCGAAAGUCCUUCUAUUCUUUCCCUGGUGUAUUCUUUUCUGUGCAACCAUAUUUCUCUCUGCCAGGCAUCCUGAAGGAAUGCACUGCUUUGCCUAUUGGACCGACUUGGCUGUUCUCCAUGUUAUGGUUCUCUUCGCUUUCAUUGUAGGGUAUGUUGCUGGGGAGGAAGCCAAUGUUUCUGCGAACAAUCAUUCUCCGAAUGAUUUAUUUUGAAUGACAAAGAAU